ACCGCAAAGAUCAAAUCAAAUCAAAAGGGAAUUUCUGAAAAGGAGAGAGGAACACCCUUCCUCGCCAUUUCCGUCCAAAGUGUUUCCCCGAGGAGUCGCGCGUGCCUGCCGGGUUGCGUAGGCGCUGGGGCGGCGGGACGGGAGCAUCGCAGGCCGCGGUGGACCCUGGCGCUCGAGUUUCUUCUCUGCGGUGACCAACUGACCAGAUUCGCACGGUUUCGGUGGCGGGCUUGACCUCUAAAGACUGAAGCAGUGAAGCUACAGUGUUGCCACUUGCCACUGGCCUUUUUGAAAUGCCUGAAGCUAUAGUUUUGCUUUAAUCUGCAACAGACACCGUGACACCGGGCCUGGCACUGAUGUCAUUUGAGGCACCUUGGAUCCUCAUGUGCUUCCCUUUCUUGUACCUUGUUCUGGUGCUAUGGGUGCAUGAUCAAACUACCUGCUAGUCUCUUCUAUUCCAGUUUGAUCUUUCGCUUUCUGUCCUGUUUGCCUACCUAUGUUUAAUCACUUGGUUUCGGUAGAGUUCAAAGUAAUUGUUUGAAUUAGACUGAUUAGUAUAGAGUACAGACGUACAAAAUCUACAGAAACUAGACUACUAGUUUUUUGAAUCUGUACAGCACCUCUAGUUGUAUUAUAAUAAACGCACGAUCAUUUACUGCCAGGCAAUUUACUAAGGGGCAAUGGAACUCCUAGGGCAAAAUUGUAUGUGUGUUCACAAUCGAAUUCUUCAUAUUUUACCUUCUUCAAACGACUAUUUUGUGAAUUCUUGAUGAUAGAACGAAGCAAUUGUCAUGUCAUGUUGUACUACCACUAUCUAAUUUUGUUUCUCAGUCAAAGUUGCUAAACCGAAUGCUUUAUUGUUUUUUUUUCUGUUUUGAUUGAACCUACGAGAAGGAGGGACAGCCUUGUGGCAAUCAUAUAUAGGACAGUUUCGUAUCUAUAAUAAUGUGCUCAUAUAAAGAAAUCAAGUACAAAUGAAGAAGCACAUCUCUGCCCAUUAUUUGAUGACUGAAGACAGGUUGCACUAUGGUAGCUGCUACAACUGCGGGAAUGUUUCUUGUGUGUUUUGAGUCCCUCUGUCCCUGUUUUGGGUCAAAAAGUAAGGAUGGGAGCGAAGACCAUGUUCUUGCAGAAUAUUCCAAUUCCUGAAAAUUUUCUCUCUUUACGUGCUGAAUUCAGCAACGAAGUCGCAUUACUAAAAAGUAUUGAACAUAAAAACUUGGUCCAGUUGCUUGGUUACAUUGACAAAGCCAAUGAACGGAUUCUCAUAACAGAGUACAUAUCAAAUGGAACUCUUAGGGAGCAUUUGGAUGGUCAACAUGGCCUAGUUUUGGGAUUUAAUCAGCGGCUCGAAAUUGCUAUAGAUGUUGCCCAUGGAUUGACUUAUCUGCAUCUCUAUGCAGAGAAGCCCAUAAUACACAGGGAUGUGAAGUCAUCAAACAUUCUACUGACAGAAGCUUUCAUGGCCAAAGUGGCUGACUUUGGAUUUGCAAGAACUGGUCCUACUGAGCCAGACCAGUCACAGAUUGAGACUGAUGUGAGAGGAACAGCAGGCUAUUUAGAUCCAGAGUAUAUGGGGACAAGCCAUCUUACGAUCAAGAGUGAUGUGUUCUCUUAUGGUAUUUUGCUCCUAGAAAUCCUUUCGGGACGUCGUCCUAUUGAGAGAACGAGGGGUCCAGCAGAAAGGAUUACAGUGAGAUGGGCCUUCAAUAAGUACCGCAGAGGCAAUGUUAGGGGCAUACUGGACCCAAUGUUAACUGAAGCAGUGAACGAGGAUAUACUGAACAAAAUCUUCGAUGUGGCGUUCCAGUGUGUCGCUCCUACCCGCGAAGACAGACCCUCCAUGAAAGAAGUUGUGGAGAGGCUGUGGAAGAUAAGAAGGGAUCAUACAAAAAUACAGAGGAUAGCAGAAUUGACUCUCUGAAUCCUUAAGGCUCUGUUCGUUUUUUACAGAUUGGAGGCCCGAAACGGUUCCUGACCGGAUUGUUUCUCUAAUUUAUAUAAGUUUUGAUAAGUUGGAAUGAAUCCUGGUCCAAUACUAGACAAACGAACGGGCCCUAAACCAUCUGGUCCUGGUUGCUGUUUUUGCUUGGGAGAACAUGGGUCAGUUCCUAGUGAAGACCAAAGACCGCCACAUAAAAAUAAUUCAAAUUUUGUGGUUGUGAACAACUGGGAUUCUUUAAGAGAUGUGGGGAACAAUGCCCUGCGAUUGAUGGUUUCCCUGUAGCCAUUACUGUUAAUCAGCAUAAGCUGUUCAGUCAUCGUCCUCGAGAAGUACAGUGUAGCUUCGGUGUACGGCAUCCUUGUACUUUGGAAAACAGUUAGAUAUGAAGGAAACCUCUGACUACUAAUUUCUUCUGGAUAUAACUAGUGAAGGAAACUAAAAAUUAUUAUUCCUCACUCGUGUAAUCUUGCAAAGACUUUUUGGUUUAUGAAAUGUAAAUGACAAUGGUAAUGAUUUAUGCUUGAGUACCAACGAUAAUAAGUUUGAAUAUAUCAAUAUUACUUUUUA